CGCAUUUCAAAUCUACACCGAAGAAGAAGAAUCCAAAGUUAUGACCGGAAGUGAGUUUUUUCUGUCUCACGCUGUUGAUGAAACCUGCAGUAGACAGAUACAGUAGCUGUUUCCUCUUUCAGUCUUCAGAUACCAGAGAUGAUAAAACAAGACACAGAAGAGUCUGCCACCCAGGGCGGCGAGGAUGCUUCACCCACAGUAGGAGGGAUGGAGUCACCUGCAGCUGCAAAAGACAGCUUGGACAGCAACAGCCCCAAAGAGUCAGAACCACAGACACCACAGACAGACACCCCUCCACAAGACCAGGAGGGAGGAAGUGAAGGUGCAGAGGCUGCACUGUCGCAGUGUUUCACGGCUGACGAUCUGAGCCGGCAGCUAGAGGACAUCCUCAGCACCUACUGCCGGGUAACAAUUUCAGAUGAUGCCAGUGCCUUGCCCAAUGGUCAGUCACACAGCCCAGAGCUCAAUGGCCUGACCAGUGAGAGGGAAGAUGACAAGUCAGAGGAAGGCAAAAUAAAUGGUGGUGAAAAUGGGGCAGAGAAAGAGCAGAAGAAGACUCAGGAGAAGAAAAAAGUGAAGGGUCUAGGUAAAGAGAUUACUCUUCUUAUGCAGACUCUAAACACACUGAGCACCCCUGAGGAGAAGCUCGCAGGCCUCUGCAAGAAGUAUGCUGAACUGUUAGAAGAGCACCGUAACACACAGAAGCAGAUGAGGGUACUGCAGAAGAAGCAAAAUCAGCUGGUCCAAGAGAAAGACAACCUGAGGAAUGAGCACAGUAAGGCCAUCCUGGCCCGCAGCAAGCUGGAAAGCCUCUGCAGGGAGCUGCAGAGACACAACCGCACACUUAAGGAAGAAGGAAUGCAAAGAACCCGGUUGGAGGAAGAGAAAAGGAAGGAGGUGACUUCUCAUUUCCAGGUGACACUGAAUGACAUCCAGGCCCAGAUGGAGCAGCACAACGAGAGAAACGCCAGCCUCCGACAGGAGAACACAGAGCUGGCUGAGAAACUCAAGAAACUGUAUGAACAGUACAAACUGCGGGAAGAACACAUAGACAAAGUGGUGAAGCACAAAGACCUGCAACAACAGCUGGUGGAUGCCAAGCUGCACCAGGCACAGGAGCUGCUGAAGGAGUCAGAGGAACGCCACGACAGAGAGAAAGAUUUUCUGCUGAAAGAAGCAGUAGAGUCUCAAAGGAUGUGUGAGCUGAUGAAGCAGCAGGAAGUUCAUCUCAAACAGCAGCUGUCAUUGUACACAGAGAAGUUUGAAGAAUUUCAGACCACUUUGUCCAAGAGUAAUGAAGUCUUCACCACUUUCAAACAGGAGAUGGAGAAGAUGACUAAAAAGAUCAAAAAGCUGGAGAAGGAGACAGCCAUGUAUCGCUCCAGGUGGGAGAGCAGCAACAAGGCUCUGCUGGAGAUGGCUGAGGAGAAAGCUGUGCGGGACCGUGACUUUGAUGCACUUCAGGGAAAAGUCCAGCGGCUUGAGAAGCUGCGGCGGGCACUUAAAGUUGAACGAAACGAGCUGAACAAGAAGGUCCAGAACCUCAGCGGUCAACACAGCGACACAGCAGGAGCCCCCACCUCUGACCCAGGGACUGACUCCCCCUCUCCACCACCUACAGACUGUCUGCUGGAGCCCAGCAGCUGUCCGGUCCCAGACAUCUCCUCCUCCUCCUGCUCCCACUCCUGCCACUGUGACCCCGAACUGGACACAGAUACCCUACUAGAAGGGGCAAACGCUCAGCCUGUUUCUGCACAGGAAUGAAGCAGCGCUGCUCACACUCUCCUCCUUCCUCUCCAGCGUUAAGCCACCAAAAGAUAAGCCACCAGCUGCAAGCCACUGCUCCACGGCUGGAUGAAGCUGAUGUUAAACACUGGUCUCGAAGCUGAUCGGAUAGUCACACCUUUGCGUAUUUUGGGUAGGAUAUCUGAUCGACAUUUAAUAGAAGGGUUAGCUUGUGUCCUCCCAGUAUCCUCUGAAGGCUUUAUAAAAGUGAGGAUAAAGUUGUGCUUCACCUGUCAGUAUAUUUACAUGCACACUGUAACUUAAUAACUGUGACUAACCUGAUUAAUGUAAUAGCAUUUACAUGGUUCGCAAUAACCCAAUUUCCUGCAGUAAUUAGAUUGUCAUGACUCAUUUAAUAGCACGCCAGGCAGCAUCUUAUUAUCCACACAAAUUAGAAGAAGGAAACCCAGGGCUUUUUUUUGGACUCGGUCUGCCAACCCAACCCACAAGGUGUUUUUUUCUAAUAUAUACACAAUAGUCAUAGAUAUAAGUAUCGUAGAAAUUUAAAAGAUUUGACAAGUUAUUGGGCUCUGAUGUGCUUAUCCCAGCCCCAACCAUAUCUUCACUAAGAAACGCUGUUUCCGUAAUGGUUGCAAUAAUCAGUAAUAGCCUCAUUAUUAGUGUGCAUGUAAUUGCACUGACUACCUUUGUGUGAUCAAAAAGUUCAGAAACUGCAUCUGUAACAAUCAACACUUUACCUAUUUAAAUUGUAGCCUGUAUCCCCGGUGAAGUAGUCACAUUGUGCAGUAUUACACUGCUCCCAGCUCUCCUGUAACAUUUGUCUCUGGAAGAUCUCUCAUGUAAACAUGUCAAGAACAUUUGCAGUGAGGCUGAAUCUCUGUGUCAAAACAAUGAAAUUCAACUUGAAUUUCAUUUUGUUGAACCUGCAUGUGAUCACCACACAGUACCCACAUGGCAUCACAUCUCGGUUCAGGCUGUUUGCACUGAUUGUUCUCCCUCAGACGCCUCAGAAUGUUGCAGUAGAACUAGGCAUUGAUUCAUGAAAAGUAUGCUCCCAGCGCGCUCCUGACUAGAUGUGUAUUUCUGGUUUUGGAAGAGCAACUCUUCCACUGUCAAAACUGCCGUUUCUUCUCUUGGUGGUAGCUGCAGACCCGCCUCUCAUGACCGGUGAUGAUCCUCCACACGAAGGUUGGAUCAUCCAGCUGCUGACUGACACCGAAUGUGAUGUUUUUGUCUUUGCUUCAAUGUGCAGUGCAUGCAGAAAUCACAAAUGUGUACCUACCAGUUGCCACAUAAAAUGUCCUGUUGAUAGUUUGGGGUCAUACAGUCUCUUGACCCGACAGUUACUAACAUGCACCGGCGCCACAAACAGUCCCAGAACUUUUUGAUCGCACCACCUAAAUAUCAGCGCUGCUUGGGGUGACACAAGCCAAACCAGUUUAUUCCAAGAGGACUUAUCAGAGGUUGAAUGGUUUAUGUGUGUGCGUGUGUUUGUGUGUGUGUUCCAUCAGUCUGUGUCAUUUGCACCUUGAGUCGGCGUGUUGGAAGGGGUUUCACUCAUAGCUCGUGUAACUUCAUGUUUUUCUGUCAUUUGAAGUCUUAACAGAGAUGUCAAUUUAUUUAGUCAGUCCCAUUUGUAACAUCAAAAUAAUAUAGAUUUAUACAUAUUUUUGCAGGAAAACUUUCGUUCUUUUUUUCAUACAGAUUAAAUGUUCAGAAUUAUUUACAAUAUUUUUUCUGAAUUUUCACACAUUUUUUGUUGGUGUCACACGGCUCCAUUUGUGCAGCAUUUUUGUUUGUGGUCUGUAUUUAUUGUUUUGCAUAAUCUGUGAUAUAGAAAUGUAUGUAUCUUACAGAACAUGCUGUAAAAAAAAAAUAUCUGCUUAUUUUGUAUUAAUUUAGAACAUUUCUAAAGGUGUUACUUUUAUGACCAACUCUUCAUUCUUAGUCUUUCUGAGUUCAGUUGCUUCUGGCUAUUUUCUUAGUUGUUUUUCAGUUUGCCUAUAUCUCUGUAACAAGGACCACUUUGAGCUCAUCUAACUGCAUCUUUGUGCAUUUGUAUGUAUGGUGUGUGUGUGUGAUUUCUGUGUUUUUACGAUUGUCUCCUCCGAGUCCUGGUAAUUGCAGUAGCUUGUAAUCAGGUUUUAACAAGAGAAUGUUCAAGGACCUCUAUGCAACGCUUGUGUCUUGGUUUUUAUUCUGUGGCAGUCUGAACUGACAAGCACUUAGCUGAGAAUGUAUAUUCAUUUUUUCCACUGUCCUGCAUGGAUGUACUGUAAAAACAAACAUAUCUCGCAGCAGAACUCUAUUUCAUUUUAAGUUUAGACCAUGUUUGUUGGCUGACAUUGAACGUCAUCUUCUCUCUGAUGCUUUUAGAAGGUGCAACGACUGAGCCGAGUGGGAAUACCGAGGGGAAGAGUAGAGCAAAUGUUACUGAACUUCUGAAUUGUAGUUUCACUACCAAACAUGUCCAUUUUUCUUCAGACAUUCUUUUGCUCUACUCAAAAUGUAGCAUCAGUAACACAGUAUCACCUGGUUGAAUCUGUCAUCUUCAGCUGAAAUAAAAUGGCAAACCUCAUUUCUUCCAAUUUCCCACAGGACACAUUCAUUGUUCCCCAAGUCCUGCAUUGGAUAGGGAGGUUCAUCAGCCAUGAGAAGGAACCAAAGAUGUUUCCUUUUUUUGUCUUUUGCAGUACUUUUAUCUGACCCUGUAUAUUUUGUUUCUUGUUAAAUAAAAGAUGUAACGGUG